CGCGCCGCUGCCGCCACUGCCGACGAGGCCGCCCUUCAACUCCCGCCCCGGGCUCGUGGAACGAAGGUCUCGGUCCCCGAGCAGGAGAGGAGCCGUCCACGUGUGAGGCUCUCUGUCCUCUGGCAGAACAUCUAUAGCUGCUUUCCCAAGACCAAGACCGGGAGCCAGUACUCAGACGAGCCAUGGGCCCCCCACAGCCUCAGCAUUUGGGGGCAGCACCCUAGGUGGCCAAGGGACAGCCUCCGCCUGGCACCUUCCACUAGGAGGGAGAGAGCUGAGAAGUGGGUCCCUGAGCCCGGCCUGCCUCCCUCCCCCAGCCCGGCGGGCAUGGACCAGUAGCUGUGAGCAGCCAGAGCUGAUGCCAGGUCCCCAGGGGGCCAGAGGAGCCCCCACCAUGAGCCUCGGCAAGCUCUCACCUGUGGGCUGGGUGCCCAGCUCGCAGGGGAAGAGGAGGCUGACAGCAGACAUGAUCAGCCCCCCGCUUGGGGACUUCCGCCACACCAUGCACGUGGGCCGCGGCGGGGACGUCUUCGGCGACACCUCCUUCCUCAGCAACCAUGGAGGCAGCUCUGGGGGCACCCACCGCUCACCCCGCGGCUUCCUGGCCAAGAAGCUGCAGCUGGUGCGGAGGGUGGGGGCGCCACCCCGGAGGAUGGCCUCCCCGCCGGCGCCCUCACCCACCCCGCCCGCCAUCUCCCCCAUCAUCAAGAACGCCAUCUCCCUGCCCCAGCUUAACCAGGCCACCUACGACACCCUCGUGGUGGGCAAGCUCGGCUUUGACAACAGCCCUGCCAUCUCCACAGACGGCAACUCCAGUUACGGCCUGGACUCCGGGUUCUGCACCAUCUCCCGCCUGCCCCGCCCAGAAAAGCCCCGUGACCGAGACCACGAUAGCUCUUCCCCCCCGGAGCCUGAACUCCGCCGUUCUGACUCUCUCCUGUCCUUCCGCCUUGACCUUGACCUUGGGCCCUCCCUCCUCAGCGAGCUGCUGGGGGUCAUGAGCCUCUCAGAAGCCCCUGUGGCGGAGACCUCAGCCCCAGUGCCCAUCACAAACCCCCAAGCCCCAGUCCCUGCCACAAACCCCCCACCCCAUGGACACUGCCCCAACGGGGUAACCGCUGGGUCAGGCCCAAGGACUGAGGCAAGGCCCAGUCCAUCUCAAGAAGGUCCCUGUGCACCUGGUCACGUGGCCUCCGGCAGGAGCUGGGGAGCAGGUUUGGGGAGCAGCCGCCACUACAACAAGAUGGAUGCCCAGCAAGAGAUGGCAGAGAAGCUGCCCCCAGCACGGGCCUCCUGGGAAAGCCUGGACGAAGAGUGGGGGGCCUCCCAGGCUGGCGGCAGGGCCCCAGUGCCCAGCACAGUCCAGGCGAAUGCUUUUGUGUUUGCUGACGCUGAAGAAGACGAUGAGGUCAAGGUGUGAGUGCUGGCCCAUCGGCCAGGGCAUGGGGCCCAGAUCCCAGCUGCCUUGGGGGCUUCCUGUGAAGAGACAGCUGCUGCCCCAAGCCCCUCCACGCCUCUACAGGACAGACAUGGUAGGGAGGACCAAGGGGACCAGACUUGCUUGGGACCUAGGUGUUCCCAGUAGGCCCCGCUGGGCUGACCUGCCUUCCCCACUGCCGCUCUGCACCCAGUGGCCAUUCCUUGGGCCCCACCCCUAUCCCCGUGCUGCCCCCACCCUGCCCAGCCUCACAGUACAGCCUUUGUGGGACACUGUCCUCAUUGGGUGGGAGGUGGGGACAUGGCACACAAGGCCAUUGUCUCCCAAAGGGAUGCCUGCACCCAGCUCAUUCUGGAGCUGCUCCAGGCAGGGUCCCUGCUGUGUGCCAGGGCCCCACCCCAACCUGUCAGUCAUCCCGGAAGCCUUGAGAAAGGUCAGGUGUGACCUCCCAGGGGAAUCAUCCUGCCUUCCUGUAUACCCUAGACCUGCCUCUGAGGCCUGAUUAAAAAGGGCUUUUUGAUAAAACAA